GCAGGAGCAUGACCCUAGGGGGUUAUCGCUAUUGGUCAUUCGACAAGUACACGGGCUAGCCUUUGUUUUCUGUUGUCCCUAGGAAUGAACAGCAAAGCAACAGCAAACAUUUUCUGCGUUUCGCUAAGUAAUUGUCCAAGAAAGGAGAGGGCAUAUAGGGUUUGUGGAAAUUAAGACAAUUUAAUUCGAUAUCUUAUACCCCAAUGUUGGGUGAAUAAUUAGCGAAUAGUGCGAAAUCUUACCAAUAUUCAUUCAGUGUUUGGGACACGGUGUUUGUAGAAGUGUCAGUCAAAUCUUCCUCCACGUCGCGAUGUUGGAUCCUCAGUUUUCAGAGUAAAUACCGACUUGUAGGACCGUAAGUUCAUAGCAAACAUGAGCUACAGAUCUACAGGACAAGUUGAUCUCUAAACUUGGUAUUAGCAAUUGGGUAUCAAGGCGGUAACUGCGACGAUGGAGGCCAAAUGCGGGCAUGUAGUGUAGUGUUUAGCGCGAGGUGUAGAUUUGUACGAGAAGAAUUAUAAUUUAUACACUUCAGGAUGGCAAGUGCAGAUCGUCGUAAUUACUUUUGACGGGAAUGGCUGAGAGCCAUGACGUUUACAAAUCGACGAACUCGGCAGCUACAACAAGCGGAGAAGAUAUGAAAACCGAAAGCAGUACAACAUUGUACAGUGAAAGUUCUUCCGUUGAUGAAAGAUCACCGUCCGACUCGGAUUCGCCUAGAAAUACUCCCCCGUCGCGAAGCCAGGCAAGUGAGACUUCAUCUAGUCGCCCCUCAUCUUUCCAUUCUGGACUUUCAUCAAGAUCUACCACUGAGAGUGAACUAGAAGGUCAUGGGGCAGACAACAUACGUGUUGUUGUAAGAGUUAGGCCACUCAACUCAUCAGAAAAGGAGAAGGCUAGUAAGAAUAUCAUCAAGCUUCCAGGAGAUGGGGCUAUUUGGAUUGAUAAUAGCUUUGGUCAGAUAAAGCCAUUUACUUUUAAUGUUGUCCUUGCGGAAAAUACCAGCCAGGCUGAGAUGUUUGAGGAAUGUGGGAUAAAACAUCUUGUUAACAUGGCUCUAGAGGGGUAUUCUUGUACUGCUUUUGCUUUUGGUCAAACUGGAUCUGGCAAAACCUUCACCAUCACUGGACCACUGGACGGUCAGUACCAGGAAGGAGCCUUGCCAACUCCAGAGAUGCAAGGACUUAUAGAGAGGUCAUUCCAGUACAUGUUCCACGAAAUGGAGAGAAAAUCUGAAAGAAUCAGUUACACUCUGAGGGCAUCCUACCUAGAAGUCUACAAUGAAAGGGUCAAAGACUUGCUGAACCCCUCCAGUGCGCAUGAUUCGCUGCCAGUCCGCUGGUCACGUAACCGCGGCUUCUACGUGGAAAAUCUGUUUUUCGUUGAGUGUGACAAUAUGGACGAUUUGAUGGCCGUGCUGGAGGAGGGUCUUAGGUACCGUCAGGUCGGCUCGCAUAUGAUGAACGAUCACUCAAGCAGAAGCCACACCCUUCUCACUGUCUAUAUCGACAUUGAAUUGUGUGAUCCCGAUGACGAAUCCGGCUUCUCAAUUCAGCGUCAUGGAAAGCUCAGCUUUGUCGAUCUCGCAGGAAGUGAACGAGUAAAAGAGACGAAAUCAGUUGGAGGGACUUUCGCGGAAUCCCAAAACAUCAACAAAAGUUUGCUCACUUUAGGUAACUGUAUUUCUGCUCUGAGCGACCAGAAGAAAAGAGCUGGGCACAUUCCAUACAGAGACAGCAAACUCACCAAACUAUUGGCUGAUAGCCUGGGAGGGGAUGGCGUUACGCUUAUGAUUGCAUGUAUUUCACCCUCUUCCUCUGUCGUGUCUGACACGUUAAACACCCUUCGUUAUGCGAACCGAGCCAAGAAGAUUAAGAACAAGCCAGUAGUACAAAUGGAUCCCAAAGAACGUCUGAUCAUGACGCUAAAGCGCGAGAUCAAGCUUCUGCGGACGGAGAAUAACUACUUCCGCCAACAGCUCGGGUUGCCAAGCAGUGAGUCUCAAACAACCAUCGCCUCUGAUAGCUCCAAGGAGAGCACCGAUGAAAACUCCAACAAAGUUUUAUUGAAGCCAGGGUCACCUGUACAGCGGCAACCAACAAAAAUUGAAAGUCUCCUUCUCAUCGAUAAUGAACGAAAAAGACUCACAACGGCAAGCCUGACGGCUGGUGCAAACAGUGGUCUUUACGACAUGUUGCAAGAGUACAUGAUGGAGAAUGAACUUUUAAGGACAGAGAACUCAGACCUUCACAAAUCACGAGAGGAAGUGUCAAGACAACGACUGCUUGUAUCUAGGGAAAACGAUCGUCUUGUGAAGAAACUGGAAGAUUUAGAGAGGGUGUUCAGUUCUUCGCCGUCGUUCGAACGCCGCUCAGGCGUGUCUGAGGGAUCUGUACCCAGUCAUGAUAAUCACAGGAGCAACUCGCAUCCCGAUCCCUCGCAUAGCGCUAGGACGAUGAGGGCAAAUUCUGAACCCAGGGGGGUACCCUUGCGCUUCCCACCGCUUUCCAACGGACCUUAUCCGAACUACGUCAACGAAACAUGGCCGCCAACACGUAAUAACAAUGACCUGUCCGACGUGUCAGACGCCCCGUACUCUGCGCAUGCGCGGUCACUACCUGAGAACAGAAGGGAGCACACUAACCGCCAGCCAAUCUCCAAGUCGAGUCCAGCUAAACUGCAAAAAACCGCUCCAUCGUCUAUCUCUAAGCCUUCAGGCGGCUACGCAAGCUUAUACAGUAAAAACAAGGAGAAAGAAAAACGCACGAAAAAGCAGUCUAGACCCAGCGAAGAGCAUCCGGCUUCCACGCAAAUUGUCCAGCCAGCGCCUACCGGACAUGCGCAAAAGGCUUAUGGCUAUGCUAGUAUGAUGACAUACGCGUCACCACAAUCGUACCAGACCCCCGCAGGCUACAGUCACGGUUACUCGGAACAAAUUCAGUCUGGGGUACCGGAAGCAAAUGUAAACCUGUACCAGCCUCCCGUCGCGGGUAAUUAUAGCCACGGUUAUUCUGGACAGAGACAGCCUGGAGUACCGGAAAUGAAUAUGAAUGCAUAUUACUUGCAUUCGCAAACGCAAGCAUGGUUAAAUAAAGAUCGUGGAUCAGAUAGUUUAGACCCUCGUGUCAACCAUCACCAACAUACAUCACACAACCAGCACCAAAACAGCCCGAACAGAUGACACACACACACAGGCUAUAUAUAAGUCAAGCUUGUAUAUACGCAACCAGCACCAGAACAUCACGUUAGCCCGAACAGAUGACACCAAGUCAAGCUUGUAAAUACGCAACCAGCCAACACCAGAACAUCACGUUAGCCCGAACAAAUGACACUAAGUCAAGCCUGUAAAUACGCAACCAGCAUUAGAACAUAACGCUAACAACACCAGAACAUCACGAACCCAGCACCAGAACAUCACGUAAGCCCGAACAUAUGACACCAAGUUGAGCUUGUAAAUACGCAACCAGCACCAGAACAUCACGUUAGCCCGAACAGAUGACACCAAGUCAAGCUUGUAAAUACGCAUACUAUCAGGCUCAGCAUGGCGGCCCAGAGACAGGAAGCCCAGAUGGUUGAACCGGCUAUAUCAAUUUUUUUCAUGGACCACGUUUUCCGUUAGAGAAAAGUCUACUGAGGACUACUUGAGAACUUCAACAAGUUUUCAUGAUACUUCGUUAAUUCGCUUGGUUCUAGAGCUUUGAACGUAACUAGCUAGUUUACAAGAACAUUAUUGCCUCGUGCUCAGCGCCGCCAUUUCAGUGUAUUCUCAGCUUGGCUUGUCAGUAACUGAGAGACGUGCGUGGCUCUGAGCUUGGCUUGUCAGUAACUGAGAGACGUGCGAGGCUCUGAGCUUGGCUUGUCUAUAACUGAGAGGCGUGCGUGGCUCUGAGCUUAGCGUGUCUAUAACUAAGAGGCCUGCUGGGCUCUGAGCUUGGCUUGUCAGUAACUGAGAGACGUGCGUGGCUCUGAGCUUGGCUUGUCUAUAACUAAGAGGCGUGCGAGGGCUCUGAGCUUGGCUUGUCAGUAACUGAGAAACGUGCGUGGCUCUGAGCUUGGCUUGUCAGUAACUGAGAAACGUGCGUGGCUCUGAGCUUGGCUUGUCAGUAACUGAGAAACGUGCGUGGCUCUGAGCUUGGCUUGUCUAUGACUAAGAGGCCUGCUGGGCUCUGAGAUUGGCUUGUCAGUAACUGAGAGACGUGCGUGGCUCUGAGCUUGGCUUGUCUAUAACUAAGAGGCGUGCUGGGCUCUGAGCUUAGCGUGUCUAUAACUGAGAGACGUGCUGGGCUCUGAGCUUGGCUUGUCAGUAACUGAGAAACGUGCGUGGCUCUGAGCUUGGCUUGCCAGUAACUGAAAGACGUGCGAGGCUCUUAGCUUGGCUUGUCAGUAACUGAGAAACGUGCGUGGCUCUGAGCUUGGCUUGUCUAUAACUGGAGGCGUGCGUGGCUCUGAGCUUGGCUUGUCAGUAACUGAGAGACGUGCGAGGCUCUGAGCUUGGCUUGUCUAUAACUAAGAGGCGUGCGUGGCUCUGAGCUUGGCUCGUCUAUAACUAAGAGGCGUGCGUGGCUCUGAGCUUGGCUUGUCAGUAACUGAGAGACGUUCGAGGCUCUGAGCUUGGCUUGUCAGUAACUGAGAAACGUUCAUGGCUCUGAGCUUGGCUUGUCAGUAACUGAGAAACGUGCGAGGCUCUGAGCUUGGCUUGUCAGUAACUGAGAAACGUGCAUGGCUCUGAGCUUGGCUUGUCAGUAACUGAGAAACGUGCGUGGCUCUGAGCUUGGCUUGCCAGUAACUGAGAGACAUGCUGGGCUCUGAGCUUGGCUUGUCAGUAGCUGAGAGGCGUACGGGGCUCUAGGACCAGGAUACCUGAUAUACUUAAAUAAACAUAAAUUAAAGUAGGUUACUUCAAUGUUGUGCGCAAACUCUAUGCGCACCUUAAAAAGUAGCCCUUCUCCACAUUGUUCAGUUGGUCACUCAAAGUAUGAUACUUGCAUGGGAAUUAGAUGCGUUUUUCAAUAUUCAACUAUAUUAACUUUAAAACUACCAUAUAAUAUUAACUAUAUAUUGACAAUUCUGUCAAUUUCAACUCAAUCCCGACGAUUUCCAACAUCUAAAUCAUCUGGCUUUCGUCACUCAAUUUUUUUAAGCGUUUUCAUUGGCCAGCACUGAAAUGGCUGCCAAUCACGUCACCUCUCCAAAAGGCGCAGACCGUUAGCAGUUGAAAAUUAGACAGUUCGAGAACAUCGACAAUCGCAGUAUAACUUGGUGGCCAAGUUAGCGCGUGUCGCCUUUAAAAUCAUUUAAGCCAACAAUUUUGGAAAAAGAGAUGUUUAAUCGAGAAAUAACAUGUUUUUAAAAUAUCGUGUAAACAUAAUAUAUGGUCGUUACCACUAUUUUAAGUGUAAAGUCCUCGUUUAUUUCAUUAGUAUACUUUGUACAAAGAAAUAAGUAUGUAUUAAUAUAUAGUAUAUAUUAGUAUUAACGAUUUAUUAUUUGACUACUUACAUUUACUAAAAGGGCAAGAAAGCAUUGUACACGUAACAACAAAGUCGAAAGUUUACUUAUUUGAAAUCACUUUUAGCUUCCCCUAAACAUGAUAAAACUACUCCAUGAUUGGAAAAA